AUGGACAUUCUUCAAAAAGGUUACAAUGUGAUAUUGGCACCUCCGAAAGUUCAACAGGCAGAUGGAGCAAUUUCGACUCUUUGCGAUCGACUUGAACAUGCGACUCUCUUUGAAGAUAGAAAAGCUGCUGCUCUAGGAAUUAAAAGCUUCGCCCGGGAAUUUAAAGAAUUGGUCGCCGCCCACGGGCUUAAAGGGAUUAUCCGAUCUUUACACCGUGAUUCAGAAGAUCCAGAGUUAUUGAGGGUGGCUUUGGAAACCUGUUUGGUGCUGACAAAAUCUUCAGAUGAAAAACCUUCGUCGGACACAGCUUUAUGGGUCUCUGAUCAGUUUGUCUUAAAUCAUGAUAACAUUCAUUGUCUUUUAAAUAGUGUUUUACAUGAUGAUUUUUACGUCCAGUUGUAUUCCAUUGAACUUUUUUCAUCCAUAUUGGCCUGUAGACCUGCUGAGUUGAAGGAUUGCAUUCAAAGCUUCCCUUCAGCAAUCUCAAAUAUAAUGACUCCAUUAAGAGAUACUAGAGAGCCGAUCCGAAAUGCUGCUCUGUAUUUUUUGAAAGAUUUGACCAUGGAUUGUGCCAGCCUACAGAAACUUGUUGUUUUUGAGAACGCGUUCGACUCUAUAUUAUCUAUUUUGGAUAGUGAGGGUGGAAUUGACGGUGGAUUAAUUUCUUCCGAUGCACUUGUCUUUUUAGACACUCUUCUGAAAGACAAUAUCACCAACCAACACUUUUUUCGAGAAUCCAAUCAAUUACCCAGUUUUAUUCGCCUAAUAGACCCUGAUACAAUUAUAGAUGCACAGUGGGAUUCUCUUCGUAUUCGUUGUAUCAAUCUCGUUCUACAUGUUUUACAGUCUUUGACGCCUAUUGGUCUUUCAUCAGGAAAAGCAAAUCAAAAUGCCAUUAUGAAAAGCAAUUCUUAUAACUUUCUCCUACAGUUGGCAACGAAUGAGGAUUUGCUACAUUUGGAUAUCCCAAAAAUCGCCUGGAUCACCCUUGCUCAUUUAGUUUACGCAAAUAACGACUGCCAGGAAACUUUAGUCAAAAGCUCUUAUUUCGUCAACCGAGAAACAGAUGUUUUGUCUUCUUUCAUAAACCAGGUUUUUCUUCCUUCAAUUUCUCCUUCGCAUCGUUAUUCUGUUGUUUUCCUUCUAAAGGCUUUGGUUGAAUCAAACGACCACUUGGCUGAGGCCUUCCUGCAAAAGAUUAUAGAUAUAUAUCGAGGUAAAGAGACGUCAAAACUGAACUUAUUGGACCGGUAUCUUGACAUAUCCAUACUUGCCGACACCGAGCAAUACAGUCAUUGGUUGAUUAGCGUUAUUUUAAGCUCUUUGGUAGCAGGCAGCGAUGAGAGGAAGUUGCACUUAUGCACAAUACCACUUUAUCAAGAAAUUGCUGCGGAUGAAGAAGACGAAGAAGAAGUUACUUUUAUUCAAUGUAUUUCCACCAAGCUUAUUGCAACAUUACGGCAUGAUCAUGCCCUUCAUAAUUGUGUUGGAUAUCUGACCUUACUUAUCACUUUGGUUGAUAACAAUGCUCACUGUGUAAAAGAUUUCCUGUCUGAAAGCAGUAUACUACAGACCUUAUUGACGACUUUAAUGGACGAAUCUUCUACAGCAAGUUCCAUAAUUCAGGGCAUGAUAGCCGUUUUAUUGGCACUUGUUUACCAUUAUUGUCCUCUUGACUCUUCUGUGCCAAAAUCUAGUGUUUACAGAGCAAUCAAUUCAGCGGUUACUCGUGAUGUCUUUUUGAACCGCCUUCAUAGACUACGCCAGCAUGAACAGGUUCGCAGUCAUAUCCCAUUGAACGAAAUUACUGAUGGUGACCUCAAUACGUUACUCUUCGACACAAUGUUCAUUGAUUUCUUUAAAGAUAAUUUUUAUCGCUUAACGCAUUCCAUUGAUGAUGCUUCCGACGCUUACAAUACAGAAGCUGAUGGAGUUAACACUCUACAUGCUUAUGAACAAGCUCAACAAAAGCUAAUUACUCUAGAAAAAGAACUGGCAGAAACUAAAAACCUAUUGAGUUCCAUUUCAAGCGAUAAAGAGGAAGAGGUGCGAGGCUAUAAAAAUGAGUUAGAAGAAAAACAAAAAGUAAUUAAUGAGCUUCAAGUACUUACAGACGAGUAUCGUCAAGAAUUGAGCUUUCUUCGACAAAGUUUAUACGAUAUCAAAAUUGAGUUAGAUUACUCCAAGUCCAAUGCUAGCAGUAUGGAACAGGAAAUGAAAGUGCUUCGUGAAGGUCACGAUAUGGAAAUCAAUGAUUUUACCGAAGAAAAUGAGAGACUUCGGAAGCUUUUGGAGUCUAUCAAAGAUCAAUUUAAGGUGAUUAGUGUCAAAAAUAAAGACCUGUAUACAACAAUACAGGACUUAGAGAAGGCUAAUAACGAAUAUAAAUCAUUGAAAUCUGAAAAUUCCUCAUUACAGAAGAAAGUUAAUGACCUCACAGAGAAAUUACAGGGAUUAAACAAGACUAUGACUUCUAUGAAAAGCUCUUUGAACGAAUCUCAUAGCUUAGAGAAAUCCUUGACCCAGCAGAUACAAAAGAAGGACGAUCUUUUAUCUAAACAUAAUGAUGAAAAAAGUGGAUACGAGAACCGAAUUAAAGGAAUCGAAUCCGACAUUAAUACUUUAAGGAAAGAAUUGGAAGAAUUACGUGAAAGUAAGGGCUCUUUAAUGGAAGAAUUAAAAAACACCGAGAAUGUUGUGAAGCAGCAAUCCAACGAGCUGAAGCUUGCUAAGCAAAAAUACAAUUCUUCUCAAGAAAAGUUGAACUCAAACUCACAAAAUUCGAAAGCAAGUGAAAAGAAAAUUUCCUCAUUAGAAAGUGAACUUAAGAAAGAAAAAGGCAUGGUCAAAAAAUUACAAGAGGAACUAGAUAGCACUAAUUCUGAAGUCCACCGCUUGAAGAACGAAAUUACUGAAGGAGAGUCUUUUCGGUCUACUUCGCAAUCAACCCGAAGUGUUCAGAAAGAGGAAAUAGACAAACUUAAAUCUGAUAGGGAUGAGCUUCAGAAAACACGUAAGAUCGCUGAUGAGGAGAAUGUACAGUUUAAAGACACAUGUGAAGAAUUAAAGAAGAAGGUUGCCGAUCUUGAAGCUAAGGAUGAUCAAAAUACAGCAGAAUUACAAAAACAGAAUACUGAACUAGAAAAGAGACUUAAAGAGGCCGACGAAUACUGGUUGCUUAUCAUUGAAGAGUUGGAAUCAAAGCGCUCAAGGGAUAAGAAAGUUUUAAAAGAAUUGGGACAUGAAGUUUCUGAAGAUGAGAAUGAAAGUGAUGAAAAUUAA